CGUGGCCCAAUUUAAAACGGUCCAGACCUUAUGUUUAGUUAAGCUUCCAUGGCCUAAUGUUCUCUACUCUCUUUCCAAUGGAAUCUUUAAGCCCUUCACUUUCUUCAUCGCUUGUUCCAAGCUCAAACAACACUUUCUCUAAAAAGACAGCCACAAAAUCUAACGUCAAUCUUGUUUGCCCAAAAAAGUACACCAAUUUGAUUGGAAAUCGAAGAUUAACUACAAGGAUUAAGGUGAUUAAUGAUGUUUCCACCGCAAUGAAUCCGGCUGGGGUUGAGGUCACUUGGCAAAUUGUUGUUGGCGCCAUUGCUGGAGUUACACCUUUUGUGGUGGCUGGGAUAGAGUUCAGCAAAAGAAUUCACAGAGAAGAUGUGAGGUAUGUGGAGGGUCAGGACUGGUUCUCAGAGAAAAGGACUAUUUUAAAUGCCCCGAAUGUGGUGGAUUUCUCCCAUGGCAGUCGUGGAAACGAUUCUUUUCUGGUUAAAUUUCACUAAUUUUGUUGUUUUCAAUAAUACAUAUGACUCUGAUCAUAUAUACGUGUAUACAUGUUAAAGCACAGAAUAUCAAAUACAUUUUGUAUGUUUGCCUUUUUCUAUA